AUGGGUCGUCGUCCAGCUCGCUGUUACAGAUACUGUAAAAAUAAACCUUAUCCCAAGAGUCGUUUCUGCCGUGGUGUUCCCGAUCCAAAAAUUAGAAUUUUUGAUUUGGGCCGAAAGAAGGCAAAUGUAGACGAAUUUCCUCUCUGUAUUCAUUUGCUUUCUGACGAAUAUCAACAACUUUCUAGUGAAGCAUUGGAAGCUGGACGUAUCUGUGCUAACAAGUAUAUUACUAAAUUAGCCGGUAAAGACUCUUUCCAUUUAAGAGUUCGUGUUCAUCCUUUCCAUGUUAUUCGCAUCAACAAAAUGUUGUCAUGUGCCGGUGCUGAUAGAUUGCAAACUGGUAUGCGAGGAGCUUUUGGUAAACCCACGGGAACCGUUGCUCGUAUUGAUAUCGGUCAGAUCAUCUUUUCUGUUCGCACCAAAGAUAAUAACAAGCCAACUGUAGUUGAGGCUCUUAGACGUGCUAAGUACAAGUUCCCUGGACGUCAAAAGAUCGUUGUGUCCAAGAAAUGGGGAUUUACAAAAUUAUCUCGAGAAGAAUAUGCUGAAAAGAGACAGAAUGGUCUCUUGCAACCUGAUGGUGCUUAUGUGAAAUAUUUAUCACAUCAUGGCCCUCUAUCAAAACAUCUUGCUCAAAUUGCUUCAUCGUCUUCUUAA